CCUAAUACUAAAGCAACUUUCACCGGAGCCAGAACUUGUCUCUCUGUUUGAAUUAUCAUCAGUGUCUUUUGAGAUCAACCAUGAGCUGGAUGAUGAAGGUCUUGGUUCUGCCACUGGUGCUGCUGUGCUUGUGGCAGCUACAAGAAGGAGCACAAGCCUGCAGAUGCGCUCCGAAGCACCCGCAAGAACAUUUUUGCCGAUCGGACGUCGUCAUCAGGGCUAAGGUUGGUCGAGUGACAGUCGAUAAUGUGAGCAGACGUCUCAAGUAUGACAUUCAACUAACGGAGACUUUAAAGGGCCCUAAACUGCUUUUUCACGCCAUCUACACACCAAAUAGCCUUGCAGCAUGUGGAGUCCUUCUGAACGAAGACCGUGGCACUGAGUAUCUUUUUAUGGCCACACUUGAUCAUGAUGGCACACUCCACAUCUCCUCGUGUGACUUCCUUGAGCCAUGGGAGGCCUUGAGUGCCACGCAAAAGAACUUGUUGCAACAUUACCAAAUGGGCUGUGACUGCAAGAUCAAGAGAUGCUACUCCUUCCCGUGCGGCUCGAGCGGCCCAAAACAGUGCUGGUGGGUAGAUUUUCUUCUGGUGCGGGAAACCCAUGGCGAGCAGGCCCAAAACUUCGCUUGCAUCAAGGGAAAAAACGGUUCUUGUGCCUGGUACAGAGGCCAAAAAGAGAUUCAUUAACUCUGAAUAAAACUCAAAAUGA